UAGACAAGAAGAGGAAACAGACGUUGUUCCUCUCCUCACAGAGAUGGUUGGUGGUCGCCUUCGUUGCCUGACCUGCUUCCUUAUGUGCAGUUCUGUGCUGCUUAUUGGGGUCUGCUUCAAUGAUGUGGAGACUUCCAGUUGUCAACGUGUCAUCAUCCAUAAAAAAGUUGGAGACACGGUGGAGUUUUCAUCAUGCUCACCGACUGAAGGGGUCACCACUGCAAACUGGAAAUAUGGAGGGUUAGACAUCACAGACAACGAUAAGAUUUCUCCUCAAAACCAGUUCCAGGGCAGAUUAGAACUAAACCCCACAAACUUUAGUUUAACAGUCAGAAGACUGACUCUCCAAGAUUCUGGUGAUUUCGGUUUUCUAUCAGAGGUGGAUGACACACAGAGGCCAACAGUCGUCAUCACUCUGCAAGUUCAUGAGCCCAUAACUAAACCGCCCAUCCUGACUUUCUAUUUCACCUGGAACGCCGUGAACGAAUCCUGUACAGUUUUUAUGGAGUGCAAUGCAACCUCUGACAGCAAUGUCACCUACAACUGGACUGUGAGGAAUCAAACCCUAAGUGGCCCCAAGCUGCAAUACACCAUCAGAGCACAGGACGGAGACACUGAAUUCAUCUGCACAAGUAACAACAUUGUCAGCGAGAAGUCGGCAUCCAAAAUUGUGAAGUGCAGCAACGAGACACAAGAAAAAAGCACAGUAAACUUGAUCCUCAUCGUGGGUGUGGCAGCUGGAGGUUGCUUGAUGAUUGUCAUUAUAGUUGGAAUAGCGGUGGUGUUUUGUCACUGCAAACCAAGUGAGCCAGGUAGCGACUCAAAUGACCUCACCGUGUACGCCGAUAUCACUGAAGUUACAAGUGAAGAUAACAUGUCAAUGAAGCCAUGCUCAGUGUAUGAAACCAUUGACAACAGAGUCAGCACAGUCACACCUGGGCCUCAGACUGUGUACGAUAAGAUCCAGCUGAGUCGUGUGAGGAAGGCGUCGGUGUCGCCAUACCAAGAAAUCUCCUAAAGGGUCACAACACAAUGUAUAGCUUCAGAUGUUUGAUACUUUGCUCAGAACAACAUUUUAUUUAGGCAUUUAUAACUGUUCUACUGUUGGCCUCGACAGAUUGCACCUUCCCUUUAUUGUAUUUAAGAACAAAAACUUUCACUUCGAGGGCCCAGGCAGUAGCCAUUUUAAAUAACAAUUUUGUAAAUUCUGUAAAUACAGAGAUAAUAUUUAAAUAUUUUUUAAAUGUUUUGUGUGUUUUGUAUGUCCCCUAAUAAGUACUGUACUAUGCAAAUCCUUUGUGGAUGUCAUUCCUGACACCUGCUUAACAAUGUUUCAUCCCGUGCAAAGGUCAUAUUAAAUUCCAUUUACCAUCA